GCGUCGACCGGCCGAUCUCGCGGAGACGGCGUAAAAAAAACCACCUCGCCGGUUCAGUCUGUACGCGCGCAAGCCCGUGUGUACGUUCGUCGACGCCGCCGAUAAUAAACGUUUCGCGUGCGCCGCCGUGUGUGCCGUGUCCCGCCGCCGCCGCCGAUCCUGCAGAAGUGAAAAAGAGCAUGCGCGCAACCCAGGACGACGACGACAAUAAUAAUAAUAAUAAUAACAUUAUAUAGACCGGAGCAGGAGCAGGACGACGCCGAAGACGAUUUUUUUUUCACUUCAUCCUUAUCAUUACUUUCGCUUCGUUUUUUAUUUCUGUCGCCCACCGCCGCCGCCGCCGCCGCCACGGCCGUUGAUACCUGUAUUAUAUAAGCCCAGUGCGUAUUCGGACUUUCAGACCCAAAACCCGAGUCCUCGGCGUAGGCGUUUACUACCUCCACCGGAACACCAUAUUAUUGUAUUAUCAUAAUAUACUUCUCCGAAGUCGUUAUAAUAAUCCGCAGCAUCGCGAAGUCAAUUGUGGCCGCUUCCCAUCGUGCAGAGCCAACUCGCGGUUACCUGUCGAUCGCGCUGUACGUGUUACAAUAUUCCGAGCCGCUCCUACUCUAGCAACAGUAGAAUCAUUGUCGAUGACACCCUCGUCUUCGCUGCCGAAAGACUUCAACUAGAGACACGCAAUCGUUGCACACGAAUCACUUGUACAACGCGUCGCAUUGGCAGCCCUGAUGGGCGUGUUUGAAGACCUGGCCAAUCAGAAACCCGGAAUGCAUUGGCAGCAUGACCGCCAUCACACCAUGCUGGCCAACCCGUACGACCCGUCCAGAGACCUGAGCCCAAACUUGCCGACCACGUCGUGCCGAGGUCAGGAUCUGACCAACGUGUUCGGCGUGGUCGGCGUGGUCGGCGGCGGCAGUGGCGCACACGGACAGUGUUGCACGUUCAAGUCUGAGUUCGACGACGACUGCGCUACCUCCGACUGCUGCAGCAAAGUGUCUCCGCCGCCGCCACCGCCUCCGAUUUCCGUCAUGGGACGCGACGACUUCCGCAGCGGCCCGCUGCAAGCCGUCCCAUGCAAACAGGAACUAGAAACUGCGGGCCACGGGCUCGGUUCGUCGCCUUCCGGACACCAUCACAAUCACCAGCUAUUGCACCACCAUCAUCACCAUCAUCUCGGUGGUGGCUACGGGUCGCCUCCGGAACCGUCCUCGUCGCCGCCGCCGUCCGGCCACAUGACGUCUUACGGCAGCGGUGGCGCUUACGAGUCGUCGCCGCCCGCCGCCGACAUGAUGGUCCGGCCGAAACGGGAACAGGCCGAGGUGAACCUGUGCGACGGAUGUGGUCUGAAAAUCCUCGACCGUUACUACCUGUUCGCGGUCGACAAGAGAUGGCACGCCACGUGUCUGCAGUGUUCCCAGUGCGCCCGGACCCUGGCCACCGAAAUCAAAUGUUUUUACCGGGACGGCAACAUUUACUGCAAAGCCGACUACCAAAGGUUGUACGGCAUACGGCGGUGCGGCCGAUGCCAGGCGGCCAUUUCGCCGUCGGAGCUUGUGAUGCGAGCUCGGGACACGGUUUUCCACGUGCCGUGUUUCAGUUGCACCGUCUGCUUGGCGGUACUGACCAAAGGCGAUCAGUUCGGCAUGCGCGACGGAGCGGUGUUUUGCCAGCACCAUUACCAACAGUUCGGACCUUCGUCACAGGGCCAACAGCAACAGUCACCGCUGCCGAGGACCAUCAUGCCUCCGUCGAUGACGCCCGUCCAGUCGCCGUAUCCUUCGUCCAGGGCGCUCGAGUCACCCGCGCCCGGUGCCGGAUCGUUCUUCAACGGCGGUUCGGCGGCGACCGGUGGCGGAGGAGCGCCCGCCGUUCCCGCGCCCGCUCAACCCCGGCAGAAGGGCCGUCCCAGAAAGCGCAAACCCAAAGACUUGGACGCCAUGACCGUCAAUAUGGACAUGAACUCAAGUGAUUCGUACAACAUGGAAAUGGCGUUCGGUCCAGGCGGCUUAUCGUCCGGUGCGGGCGGUAACGGUGGUCCCGGGUCCGGUCACCAGCGGACGAAACGCAUGCGCACGUCGUUCAAGCACCACCAACUGCGCACCAUGAAGUCAUACUUCCAUCACAAUCAUAACCCCGACGCCAAGGAUCUCAAACAACUCUCGCAAAAGACCGGCCUUCCCAAACGGGUGUUACAGGUUUGGUUUCAAAACGCUCGAGCCAAGUACAGGCGGACGGCCACCAAACAAGACGGGGGUCUAGGAUCGUUGGCGCCGCCGUCAAUAAAACCCGACAAAAGCUGUUCGGAAAGCUCGACGGGCUCGACCGGCAUCGAAGCGGUUAUGUUCCACCAACAGCAGCAGCAGCAACAGCAGCAACAACACCACGCUAUGCAGAUGAGCCCCAGGAGCUAUUUGAGCACAUCGUCACCGAUGGAAUGCGGGUCGUAGAGAACUAUCGUAAAGAAUAUAUAAUAUUAUCGUCUAACGUUUCCUUUAUCAUAGUAUAUCAUAAUAUUAUUAUACAGAAACAUAGUAUAUUAUAUGUAUAACUCAUGUGUAUAUAUAGGGGGGAUUACGAAUAAAGUAAUAUAUUAUAGUUAUAUAAACGUCGGUGUUUAUAUAUGUAUGAAAAAAAUAAAUAUAAGAACAGCGAAAAGCCAGUUUUGUAUACGUGCAAUAUUUUCAAAACAUAUAUAAGUAACUUAAGUUGUUGUUUUUUUUUUUUUUUUUUAAUUAAAUAUUUAUAUUGUUGAAAGUAUAACGGUUUGAAAAAAAAAUAAUGAGAGAAAAAAAUACUAUUAGUCUUUAGUAACGAUGUUCGAGAGUAGUAUAUAUAUAUACAUAUAUAUAUAUAUAUAAUAUAAAUACAUACUUAAUAAGCGUAACUUGUAUAAAUCGAUGUUGUCCUUACUUCCCUUGUGUCUAUAUACAUAUACUUUGUAAAACAUGUACAUUUCUCUUAAAUAAAAAAUAUUGUGGUGACAUUUUAAUAAUUUACAAAAAUGUAUCGUUA